AUCGACGCUGUGGCGUGCAGAAAACAAAUAUUGUCGUUGUAACCUAUGAUAAAUUAAGAUUCAUUGUUUAUAGGACAAAUUCCAUUAGAAAUUUGUUAAAAUGAAUCCAACGGAACCCACUAGUACGGAAACGCUAAGUUCCAAAAUGAAAGAUGUUAUUGAUGUAUUAGCUAUGCAGCGAGAAAAAAGAAAUACUUUACAAAAAAGUAUUAUGCUUGAUUAUACUAAAGGUAGUGACAGUUUUACAGUUUCAAGAUUUAUAUUUGAAUGUGGUUUAAAACUAGAAGCACACCCAUUGACUAUUGCUACAGCUGCAACUUUAUAUCACAGGUUUAUAAAAGAGGCUGCGCCAGGGGGUUAUGAUAACUAUCUCAUUGCUGCAACUUGCCUUUACUUAGCUGGAAAAGUAAAAGAUGAUAAUUUGAAAAUAAGAGAUGUAAUGAAUGUAUCUUAUAGCACAUUACAUAGAGGAUCUCAACCAUUAGAAUUAGGAGAUCAGUAUUGGAGUAUGAGAGAUGCAAUUGUGCAAGCAGAACUUUUAAUUAUGCGUAUGCUGAAGUUUCAAGUAACUCCUGUACAUCCACAUAAAUAUAUGUUACAUUACCUAAGAUCUUUGCAAGCAUGGUUUGGGGAAGAGGAAUGGUCUAAAUAUCCUGUUGCAAAAACCAGUAUGGCACUUUUGCAAGAUUUUCAUCAUUCUCCAGCUAUACUUGAUUAUCCACCGAAUUUAAUAGCAAUUGCCUGUAUUAAUUUGUCAUUACAAAUUUAUGGCGUUGUGGUACCAUUAAUGGAUGAAUGUGAUCAACAACCCUGGUUCAAUGUUUUCUGCAAAGAAUUAACAAGAGAUAAACUUUGGGAAAUAAUGGAGAAAGUUAUGGCAGCAUAUGAUGAAGAACCAGAAACUAGAGAUAAUUAAAGCACUGUAAAGUAAUUUUUAAUGUAUAAAAAUAUUUCAACUCACUGUAUAUUUACACAGGUUUGGCAUUUUUCUCAAAAAUAAUGAUAUUGAAAGAGUACAAAAAUAAAUCAGAAUAAUUUUAA